AUGCUCUCUCGUUUAUUCCUUAGAUCUUCGAAUCUCCGUCUCGUAACCCUAAUUUCAUCCCAAUCCAACUCUCAGAUCCUCUCCUCCUCCUUUCUCCGUCCCCUUUCCACCAACAGCACCGGCGGCGGCGGCGGAGGAAAUGACAAUCGAAACGACGCUCCCUGGAGUUUCUCUGGAUUAAACGACGGAAAGUCCGAUCCUUUCUCUUCCUCCGGAUCCGCCUCAGCUGGUGGAGAUGGCCAAUGGCCGAAGGAGGAGCCUAAGCGAUGGAACAUGAGCGAGGAAGGAGAUGAGAAAGCCGUGUUCGGUAAUAACGAAGGUGAUGUGAAAUCUGAUGGAUGGGAUGUGUCGUCCUCUAAGCCAUGGGACUUGAAGGAGGGGGAAGCUGAUGAUGAUAAGGUCGUGUUUGAUACUAGUGGAGAGAUGAUGCCUGUUAGCUUUGAUGAUAGCUUGGUGAAUGAGGAAGAAGAGCGUGUCAAGAAGGAAGUGUUUGAAAAAGAAGAGAAAGAGCUCACUGAGAUCAUCAAAGGUCCUGAUAGAGCAUUUGGAGACUUGAUUGCAAAGUCUGGUAUAACAGAUGAGAUGCUUGAUAGUUUGAUAGCCUUGAAGGAUUUCCAAGGAGUUGAAGGGUUGCCUCCUCUGUCUGAGAUUGAAAACAUUCGCCGUGAGAAGAGUUCUAAGAAGUCGUCAAGAGCUGCGAUAGAACUCCAGAUGCAAGAGGAGAUUGCUAAAGCGAGGGUGAGACAAGUGGAUGAAUCUGGGAGAGCGUAUGGAACCGGGAGAAGGAAGUGUAGUACUGCACGUGUUUGGAUUGUUCCAGGGAAAGGGAAGUUUCUUGUUAACGACAAAGAGUUCGAUGUGUAUUUCCCUAUGCUUGAUCACCGUGCUGCUCUUCUACGCCCGCUUGCUGAAACUAAAACGUUAGGUAGUUGGGAUAUUAAGUGCACUGUUAAUGGCGGUGGAACUACAGGUCAAGUUGGAGCUAUUCAGUUGGGUAUCAGCAGGGCAUUGCAAAACUGGGAACCAGAUAUGAGGACAGCACUUCGAGCUGCUGGUUUUCUGACAAGAGACUCUCGAGCUGUGGAAAGGAAGAAACCUGGAAAAGCCAAGGCAAGAAAGAGUUUCCAAUGGGUCAAGCGUUAA